GCCAAGGGCAUCGGCAAGUUACUGGUUUUCUGUGCGUAUUGCUUCACUGGUCAGAAGUUGGCGUCUGUGGGCAAUUCAGUCUCCUGUCAGUUAUCACGGGGUGGGCAGUCCAGCUCCAGCUGCCCUGGAUCGUCAUCGCGGACUGGGAGAAUCUACCUGACGCUUUGGAGCGUUCGCCGUGGAACAACCAGCUCAGAGGCCGCGUCGUAGCGUGGCAAGGGGAAGGGGGCACCAACCGCUCCCCGCACGGUGAGCGCGUGAUCGAUUAUUUCUGGAUGCACUCCAGUUUGGCUGCCAAUAUUUCCCCAGCCCGCAUUGACGACGACGCGGUCUACCACCCUCAUAGAGCCACAUGGGUCGAGUUUCAGCAGCCUUGGUCGGCCUUUACCUACACCAAGCUCAUCCGACCCCACAAGUUCCCGAUCCCAGGAGUCAAGCCGAGGCACUUCGAUCUCUCGUGCCCAGACGUGCCUGCAGGUUUCGACCCCGAUGCGGUGCCUACCCAGGAGCUCCUGGACGACACCUGGGAGGCUUUCUGCCACGCCGCCGAGGAGGAGCUGAUCCAGAAGGUGGGUUUGGACCCCAGCAGUCGGCAAGCUGAUCAAUGCCGAGGGCGCGGGGGACCACCGCGCUUCAGGAAGUGCCCGUUGCUCCCGACCCACACCGAGGCCAUCGCUUCGUACGGGGAGGCCAAGCGUUGGAGGUGGUUUGCCAACGAGUUGGCUUGGCUGGGCAUCAUUGAAGUAAAGCUUUUCAGCUACACGGGCGCUUCCGACCUGGUCCUCACCACGUUGCACCAGCAGCGGCACGCCUCCAUCCGCAAGUUGCGUGACCGCUUCAGGCACCACAUGCUGUUAGAAGGCGUGGCUGAGCUGCAGGAGUUCUUCGAGGUUUUCACGUCUCGGGACCGCGGCUAUGAAGACUUGCAGGAGCUCUCGGCUUGGCGCCUCAGCUGCAGUCAGUAUGCCUCGUACUUGGAGUGGCAGAUCGGCAAGGAACGACGAGAUUCCUUCAAGCAGCGGUUGGAGGACGACUUCCCAGGCUCGCAGGGGCUCCUCCACAGGGCCACCAAGUGGCGCCAGGCUUGGCAGGCUCCCAAGGGCAGCAUCUCCAAGAAGCUGCUCCCAGCGGCGCCUCAGGCCGCCGUGGACCAGGAGUUGCACGACUGGUCGAAGGUCUGGACCACUGGCUCAGGUUUCCCCAAGCCGUGGAGGGGCCUCCAGCAAGUCGCCGUCACGCCGCCCAGCCCUCACCACCUGCGCGGUUUGGCCCAGCGUUUCAGGGCCAAGACGGGGAUUGGCGUGGACGGAUGGCAACCCAAGCUUUGGGCCUACCUCACGGACGGCACGCUCUCGGUGCUCGCGUCAUUGCUGGCCUGGUGCCAACAACUGGGGCGGUGGCCGUCCCAGGUCCACCUCCUGCUCGUUUUCAUCAUCGGGAAGCUCGAUGGAGGGGGCCGACCCAUCAUUCUUCUACCUGGCCCUUGCCGAAUCUGGGAGGCGUGGCAGCUGCCCACCAUCAGGAGCUGGUUGGCGGCGCACCCCAGGAGCUACGACUACACGGCGGCGGGCCAAUCAUCGGAGCGUGCGCUGUGGAAAGCUUUGUUGGACGACGAGCUCGUGUUGGGCACAGGCAUACGUGCGGCCACGAUGCUGGCGGACCUCGCCAAGUGUUAUGAGAAGGUUCCGCAUGAGCGUAUGUGGUGGCUAGCAGCUUGGUGGGACGGCCCGCUGGAGGUGGUCGCGCUCGCCCUGGAAAGUUUCGCCUUUGGCCGUGUCAUUCGUCUCGGGGAGGCCUGCUCGGCGGAGGUCCUGUCCUCCACAGCGCUCCCAGCGGGCAGCCGUUUCGCGCCCACCUUCCUGAGGUUCUACCUCGCGCUGUGCUUAGACGACCUGCUGGGGGUUUUCCGCCUCACGAUCUACUUGUACGUUGAUGGCAUCGCCCUGCGGGUCAUGUCCACCGAGGCGCGCGUCUUGCACAUGCUGCCGCAGGCCACGCGCUUGCUGUUUUGGAUGCUGGAUUCCUUCUUGGGCCUGGAGGUAGCCCGAGCGCGGGACGGGGCGAGAGGCAAGUGCUCUUUCCUGCAAACGGCCACUCCGUCUUCAGGCUUGACGCAGGCCAUGGCCGUCCUGGGAGUACCGCCCAGCACCUCCGAGCGGUGGCUCGGCAUCGACUACGGUCCCAGCGUCAAGACAGAGAACCAGUCAGCCCCAGUCAGACACGCGCGGCUCAAGAUAGCCAAGCAGCGUUGGCCUAAGAUCCGCGGCCUUCCUCGUGCACGCGGGGGCAAGCUCAAGAUGGUCGUGCGGCAGGGCCUCGGAGCCUCGGUCGCCUACGGCGCCCGUGUCCGCGGCACGCCCAGGCCCAUCGUGCGUUUCAUCCAGCAGAAGGAUCGGGCCGUCCGCAGGGGCGCCACAGCUUUUACCUCCCGGGUCUUGCACGACGGCCUCGACCCCAGUUGCGCCGACACCCUCGUUCUGGCACCGCUGCUGGCUUGGGCGAGGGAAGCUUGGGACCACCCAGAGGGGCGGCGUGCGCAGGCCACAGCAUGGGCCCGAGUGCAGCAACAGCUCGCGCUGUACAUGGACGCCGACGCUCAGGAGUUGUGGUCAGUGGUGCGCGGCCCAGCGGGGGCCGCCUCAGUCGCAGUUCGAGCCCACGGUUGGAGCAUGCCGUCAGCCUUCGAGAUUGUCUUGCCUCCACGUGGCGGGGUGCUCCAAGGAGGGGACGUCCAUCUUGGUCUACUGCAGAUUUGCCCCAAGUCGGUCGAGGCCGCCGUGCUUUUGGCCGUCCGUUCCAGAGCCCUGUGCCAGUGGGCGGCGGCUCAGCCCGAGCGGGCUGCGCUCCUGCCAGCGCCGUGGCUCACCCCAGCGAGGCAGUUGGUCAAGCGGCGCAAGCAGGACGGGUGGCUGCAACACCAUGCCGACGCGGUCAAGAAGGCGGUUUUGGGCGGCUUCCCUUCGCAGGAGGCCCUUUUCUCUUCGGGCCAGGCGGACACUCCGUAUUGCCAGCUUUGCGACGACACGACCUGUUUCGGCACCCACCAGCACUAUUACUGGCGGUGCGGCAGCCCGACGUGUGCUACGGUGAGGGAGCAGCUGACGGCCCACGACGCGUCACCUACCUUCAGAGACGUCGGCCACCUGGGCGUGUCGGCCUCCUCGUCGGAAGCCUCAAGAUGGUUGUGGGAGCGGGGUUUGCGGCGAACCCCAUGUUACGGCUUGGCUUGGAGUCUACCGUCGCAGCGCACCCAUUGGAUCGUCAAUGGCGCGGCCCCCGAGCUCACCGAUGUGCUGGUUUCGGACGGAUCAGUCAAAGGCUUGGAUGACCUCAGGCACGGCGGCUGGGCGGCUUUGCAGUGCACAGCGGAGGCCGACGACGUGGUGCAGGGCCUGUACGGCCCACUGCCCUUUCCCGACCCCAGCUCGGGGCCCUAUGCGCACGUCUGGCUCGAGAUCUGGGAUCGCCUGGAUGACAUGGGCAUCCUUCCUGGCAGAGAGUUGUCGGUCAUCAAAGUCGCCUCGCACAUAUCGCAGGCCAAACGCCUAGAGCUGCCAGAGGAGGUCCAGACUCACAUGAGGCACAAUGACUUAGCCGACGAAUGGGCCAAGCAAGGAGCAGACCUCAGCGCGCCGCCAGAGUGGGCCACGUUGCAGGUCAAGCAGGAGCUCAAGGCCACCAAGCGCGUGCUCGAGUACAUCGGGCACUUCAGGGUCCUCCUCGACGGGGUCAAGUUGGCGGAGCCUAGGCACCCGCACGUUCUGGAAGUGUGCCGCGGUUAUUCCAAGUGCACCAGCUGCGGCAAGGCGCCGCCGCUCGGCCUGUGCGACAGCGAGCAGACCAUGGAGAUCAGG